GCGCCAAAAAAAAGAUUCUAAUUGUAAUUGAUGUUUAUUUUUGUGAUAGAAAUUUAAAUGAAAAAUUUUAUUGCAACGAAUCGAAUGAAGAAUUUUUAUAAUUUUUAUACAGAUAUACCACUUUCUUUUCUUGUUAUAAUUGAUUCCAUAGUUUAAUUGAGUACUCUAUCUAUCAAUUAUGAGUAGUGAAAAAUUAACCCACCCUGGGGUCAAGGAUGGUUGGUUUGCUGAAAUUUCCAAUACCAUGUGGCCAGGUCAAGCUAUGUCUUUAAGAGUCGAAGAAAUUUUACACGUUGAAAAAUCCAAAUACCAAGAUGUCUUGGUUUUCAAAUCAACUGAUUACGGUAAUGUUUUGGUUUUAGACAACUGUAUUCAAUGUACUGAACGUGAUGAAUUUUCUUAUCAAGAAAUGAUCACUCAUUUAGCCUUAAAUUCUCACCCAAAUCCAAAGAAGGCUUUAGUUAUUGGUGGUGGUGAUGGUGGUGUCUUAAGAGAAAUCUUAAAACAUGAAUCCAUUGAAGAAGCUUGGUUAUGUGACAUUGAUGAAACUGUCAUUGAAGUUUCAAAGAAAUUCUUACCAGAAAUGUCUAAAUCUUACCAAGACCCAAGAACUAAAGUUCACAUUGGUGAUGGUUUUAAAUUCUUAGCUGAAUAUAAAAACCAAUUCGAUGUUAUUAUCACUGAUUCUUCUGAUCCAGAAGGUCCAGCUGAAUCUCUUUUCCAAAAGCCAUACUUUGAAUUAUUGAGAGAUGCUUUAACUGAAAAGGGUGUUAUCACUACUCAAGCUGAAAACAUUUGGUUACACAUGCCAAUUAUUUCUAAAUUAAAGCAAGAUUGUCAAGAAAUAUUCCCGGUUGCAGAAUAUGCUUACACUAUGAUUCCAACUUAUCCAAGUGGUUCUAUUGGUUUUAUGGUUUGUUCAAAAGACAAAGACGCUAAGGUUCAAAAACCAAUCAGAUUUGAUUGGAGUGAUGAAUUUGUUGCUAAGAACUUGAAAUAUUACAACAAACAAAUACACGAAGCUUCUUUCGUCUUGCCAACUUGGGCUGACCAAAUUUUAAACCAAAAGAAGGAUUGACAUCAUUAAUUUUAUUUAUUUGCAAUUUGUUUAAGAAUCAAUGAAAACUAUAGAGUAAUUAAUGAAAUGAAUCAUCAUCUUGUUAAUUAUUUUAUUUCGAAAACACAUUUUCGUGGAUCUUUUAAAUGCCUUUUAUAAUUAUAAAGGUGUUUUCUUUUUAUUUGUGUGUUUUUAUUCUUAAUGUUAUAUUGUAAUGAAUAAUGAUGUCAUGACCUUAAAUUAUUAGACUUAAAGGUACUCUGUUUAGAAAAACCCAUAAAAAAACAAAAAAAAUUUAAAAACAGAUCAAUUACUAAAAAUAUCACUUUAUAUUAUUGAUGUAUUUAAUCGUUAUAGAAAAUUUAUAAAAAACCAAAAAAAAAUCGUUUAAUAUAUACCUUUAUUUGUCGAAUUGUAUG